AAGCGCAGAUCUUCCUUGGUGACCUGCAUGGGGAAAGCACGUGAGCCUCCGGUACGCGGCCCUGCGCCACGAUUCGGCUCACCGUGAAUUCCGCAUCUGGAUCCCAUAUCACCAAAUCGCCGUCGUACCCAACUCUCAGUGCGCCCUUGACGUCACCGAGACCUGCGUGGAGAGCGGUUUUGCGGCUCGUCCAGUCGAGUAUCUGGCCGAUUGAGAUCCCUCGUUUGGAUCCCUCCGUCCACAGCAGACUCAGUCCCAGCCCAAGCGUCGAGACCCCGCCCCAGGAACUCAUCCAGUCCGCACUCUUCAGCUCGGCAACGCAUGGGCUGUGAUCCGAAACCACAAAGUCGAUGGUCCCAUCAAGCAAUGCCUCCCACAGCAAUUCGCGAUUCCCACUUUCUCUGAUGGGCGGACAGCAUUUAAACUCUGGACGUCCAGCUGGUAUGUCGGCAGCAGUCAGACACAGGUAAUGGAAGCACGUCUCGACAGUCAGAUUCAGUCCCGCCGCCUUGGCUGCACGAAUCACAGGCAGUGCAGAUGCUGCAGAUAGAUGCACGAUAUGGCACCGCAAAGAUGGAUGCAAUUUAAGGUGCUUGAUGAUGAGAGAGAUCGCAUCUGUCUCCAGUUUUUGUGGUCGCGAAUCAAGGAACGUCUGGUACUCCGUGGUCAAGCCGGUCAAUUCCGCUGGUUUGUCUGGAGCGUCGUCAAAUUCCGCGUGGAACAUGAACACCGUCGAUGAUUCGUCCUGC